GGAAAGGGCUCCAGAGUCCUGAAGCUGAAGCCCCCCUGGCCAAGACACAUUACCAGUGGGAUUUGGAGAGCUGCUGCUGCCUUCUUUUUCUCAAGUUGACAGAAGAGAUUCAGAGAGAUAAGACUUACUCUUUCUUCCCUAAGAGAUCACGCUGAGUUUGAUAUCAAUGGAUUUCCUUUUUCUGAGCAUAUGCCUUAACGAACACUUCCAGAAUUAGUCUAAAAAUUCACCAAGAAAUCCCUGCAAUACAACAUGCCUGAAGAGCACUUUAAAGAGAUUUUGGGAACACCAAAGGGUCCAGAGCCCGUAAGAAUGGAGAAGAGCAACAACAACGAGUGUGUGGUCACUGCAAUUCCCCUCGUCAGUGAGGUUCAGCUGACAGCUGCCACAGGGGGAGCCGAGCUCUCCUGUUACCGCUGCAUCAUCCCCUUUGCGGUGGUCGUUCUGAUCGCGGGAGUGGUGGUUACAGCUGUAGCCUACAGUUUCAAUUCUCAUGGAUCCAUCAUCUCCAUUUUGGGACUUAUCCUACUGUCGUCUGGACUUCUUUUGUUAGCUUCCAGCGCCUUAUGCUGGAAGGUAAGGCAGAAGAGCAAGAAAUCAAAAAGAAGAGAGAGUCAGACAGUUCUGGUGGUAAAUCAGAGGAACUUGUUUGCUUAAAAAAAUGAUCAAACAGAAAUCUGAGGCCUGAAAACCUGGCCAGACUUUGACAGAUACCUAUGACCAGUGUAUACAUACUCAUCUAUACUUCAUGCAACUGGAAUUUUCUAAAUGCCAAUUUAGAAAAUGCAAUUGGCCAACUUGGGAAGGGUUUGUUAGCAGUCAGGGAGAAGAUUGAGAGUGGAAGGAGCUCUCAUGACCUGUGUCUUCUUUGAUGACAUAUUUGAUGGCAAAGACUUUUUCUAAGACUGAUAAGUCAGCUUUUUCACCACAUUACGCUUGUAGGGAGUUAUGUGUGAGAUGAAGACUAUUAGUCAAUGCUUGGCUAAUAUUUUUAUUCUUGUUGUUUAGUCAUUUUCAGUCAUA